AUGCUCGACGACGCCAUCCUUGUGCAGGCGCCUGGUGAACUUCAGCUGGCCCUCCUCCCUUUCGUGGAGGCAUCGAAGCAAGAUAUCGCCGAGCUCCUGCUGGCUUGCCACGAAGAGGACGUGGAUCACGUGGAGAACAUCCUCCACAGGCCCCAAAAUCCUGAUCUCAGCAACGACAGGGGCUUGACAGCUCUGGUUGCUGCAACCGAAGUCGGCAGCGUCGCCAUCGCCACUCUGCUUCUGGAGGCCGGGGCCGACAAAAAUCUUGCCGACAGCUUCGGCGCCACCGCGCUCUCCGUCGCGUGCGAAGGGCGAUUCGUGCAGGUCGCCCGCCUCCUGCUGGCAGCCCAUGCCGACGUAAACAAGGCCAAACUCCAGGGCGAAGCCCCUUUGCUGACUGCGUGCCGCACGGGCAUGGACAGCAUUGUCCACCUCCUUCUGCAAGCCAUGGCCAAUCUGGACCAGGCAAAUGACAACGGCGAAAGCCCACUCUACCAUGCCGCGAAGCAAGGUCACGUGGAGUGUGCCCGCAUUCUGCUGGAAGCUGGCGCCCUCACGGAUCAUUGCAGCUGCAAUGGAAGGAAUUCGGGUGGCACGCCCCUCUUCAUAGCUUCCGUCUGCGGCAACUUGAGCGUACUCCAGCUGCUCCUGCGAUUCAGAGCAGAUACGGAGCAGGCCACUGAUGCUGGCAGCACCCCUCUAGGAGUUGCUUUUGACACCAACCGCCUGGACAUGGCAACUAUCUUGUUGGAACAUGGAGCUGGCAAGAAGAUGACUGGGUCAGCCGACAUCAUUCUGGACUUUGCAGCGUGGUUUCGCCCAGAGGAUCGCCUGCUGUGUGCGGCAGCGCGGACAGGGCACCUCCAAGUGGCCUCACGCCUACUGGAGGCCCAUGCAGACAUUGAUGCCUUCGACCCGCGAUUUGAAGAAGGGCCCCUGACUGAAGCCUGUGCGUAUGGUCGUCUGGACAUGGUCCACAUGCUGCUACAGGCACGCGCUGAUGUCAAUGGAAGAGCCGAAGUCUCAGGCCUUUACGCCGCGUGCCAGUAUGGCCACUUGGAAGUGGCGCGGCUGAUGAUUGAGGCACGCGCCAACGUCCAGCAGUGCACCCUUGACGGAAUGGACUCCCUCAUCGAGGCUUGUCGAGGUGGCUACCUGGAGGUGGUGCACCUGCUACUGGAGGCUCGCUCCCGGAUUGGGGAUAUGGCCGUCUAUGGCGAGACGCCGCUCUCAGAAGCCUCCCGAUACGGCCAUGCCGAGGUGGUCCGGCUGCUGCUGGGCAGAGGUGCCCCGGUGGACGGUGCCCCGGUGAAGCCUCCUCUGGCCGCUGCGGCUGGCUGGGGACACGUGGAGGUGCUCCGACUAUUGCUGGAGGCACGAGCUCAGGUGGAUGCGGUUCUUCCCGGCGACGCGGGCGAGACGGCCCUCUCGGAGUCAUCGCGCUACGGCCACGGCCUUGCGACCCGCGUGUUGCUCGAGGCGGGCGCCAGCGUCGACGCCCACGGAGCUCUUCUUGCAGCCUCGGGGUAUGGGCACCUGGAGGUUGUCUCCCUAUUGCUGGCGGCCCGUGCGCAGGUGGGCCUGCAAGAUGAGUCGGGAGAUACGGCCCUGGCUGUGGCCGCGCGGCACGAAUACCUGCAUGACAUCGUGGGCAUCGUGCACUGCGAUGUGAAGCCGGACAAUCUCCUCCUACGUUGGGAUGGCCUCGCGGUGAAGCUCUGCGACUUCGGCACAGCCAGGCCGUCGCCGGAGCUGCAGAACACGGACGAGCUACAACCGCUCUUCUACCGUGCGCCCGAGGUCCUGCUGGGCUGCACUCGUGGCCGCAAGAUCGAUGUUUGGUCAGCUGCGCUGACGAUCUACGAGCUCAUCGUCGGCAGGAUCUACCUCCGCAACUGCCACACGCCGCGCGAGGUCUUAGAGGAGAUCAUGCAGCUCCGCGGGCCGGCGCGCACCGCCGGAGAUGCGAACCCAGGGACGUUCCCCGACUCGAAGAUGAAAAGGAUGGGCAUGCCUGUGAGCAGCCUGUUGAUCAUGACCAGUCUAACAUCGGAACUUGAGACACAGAUUCUCAUCUGCCUCUCAAGCACCCGAUACCACAAACGUGCCAUCACAGCUGCUUGGCAGCUGUGUUCGGUUCUUUGUUCGGUCUUUGCUUGGGCGCAGGGUCUUCUGCCUGCCUGCUGGCAGGUAGUUGGCGCCUCGCAGAAGCGAUCAGGCAUUGCAGAUGCGGCAGACGUGAAUAAAGUUGGUGAGGAUGAGGGAGACGUGGCGCGGCAAACCUCUGAGCGGGAAAAAACUCUGCCGGCCUGGGGCGGCAAACGUGGAAGCAAGCCUUGCCCGGAGGUCUGCCCGGAGGUCGACCCCAGCAAGCGGCUCACUUCGGCGGAGGCGUGCGAGAUGGAGGUCUUCCAGGCUGGGGAAAGUGCUGGGAAGCCGUUUGGAGGUCGGGUCAGUGAGGCUUGGGGGGAGCCGUCCUUCAGUCUGAUUCGGUGCGUAUGCGGGUCAUCCUGUCUCGAGUCAGGUGUGUAA